AUGAUAGUCCUAAAUCUGCAGCCUCCUCCGUCAUUACCAGCCACUCGUGUAGUUGCCUUCACCACCCCAAAAAACUAUGCCGGAAGGCUCUCUCACCUUAUCCACAACAACGGUUGGGCUCCUCUCUGGUGCCCCACAGUCAUCGUUGAAUCUACCCCACAAACCAUUUCCUCUAUCCGACACUGCCUCUCAUUGAAGAAUGGACAAAUAUCGCCUCUCGAAGAAUUCUCCGCCAUAGCAUUCACUUCAAGAACUGGAAUCACUGCCUUUUCUGAAGCACUAGCCAAAAUCAAGACACCCCCAUUGCCCCCACAUGGAGAAUCAUUCAUAUUAUCAGCUUUAGGAAAAGACUCCGAGCUCCUCGAUGAAUCUUUCAUUAACGAAUUAUGUGAAAACCCAGGUAGAAUCAGUGUUCUAGUGCCUCCAGUUGCAACCCCAACUGCUAUGGUGGAAUCAAUCGGAUUAGGACAAGGGAAAAAGGUAUUGUGCCCAGUUCCACUAGUGAUAGGCCUGGAAGAGCCACCGGUGGUGCCUAAAUUCCUGGCUGAUUUAACUCGAAAAGGGUGGAUUCCGAUCAGAUUGAACGCGUACGAGACGCGAUGGGCUGGAUUGGAGAGUGUUUUACAACUAGUGGGAAAGAGCGAAGAGGAAGGUGGACUGGAUGCAAUUGUUUUCACUAGUACUGGAGAGGUGGAGGGGUUGUUGAAGAGCUUGGAAGAAUUGGGAUUGAAUUGGGGAAUAAUUAGACAGAGAUGUCCAAGAAUGGUGGUGGCUGCGCAUGGUCCGGUUACGGCAGCCGGUGCCGAGGCAUUAGGGGUGGGCAUUGAUGUGGUGAGUUCCAGGUUUGACAGUUUUAAUGGCGUUGUCGAUGCACUUGCUUAUAGACUUAAAUCUUUUGAUUCUUAG